UUAUAAGACGGGGCGAGGCGGGUGGGGGAAGGAUCCUGCCCAGGAUGUCUGCGUGUCUGGAGAGCCGUUCUAGAGACAAUGGCCCCGAGGGAAUGGACCCCGAUGGCAUCAUUGAGAGCAACUGGAAUGAGAUCGUUGACAGCUUUGACGACAUGAACCUGUCGGAGUCCCUGCUGCGGGGAAUUUACGCCUAUGGAUUUGAGAAGCCCUCCGCCAUCCAGCAGAGAGCCAUUCUUCCUUGUAUCAAGGGUUAUGAUGUCAUUGCACAAGCUCAGUCUGGUACUGGGAAGACGGCCACCUUCGCCAUUUCUAUCCUCCAGCAGAUCGAGCUGGACCUCAAGGCCACCCAGGCCUUGGUGCUGGCCCCAACCCGAGAGUUGGCCCAGCAGAUCCAGAAGGUCGUGAUGGCCCUCGGGGACUACAUGGGGGCCUCCUGCCACGCCUGUAUUGGGGGCACCAAUGUCCGGGCCGAGGUGCAGAAGCUGCAGAUGGAAGCGCCCCACAUCAUUGUGGGGACUCCGGGCCGUGUCUUCGACAUGUUGAACAGGAGAUACCUGUCUCCCAAAUUCAUUAAGAUGUUCGUCCUGGACGAGGCCGACGAGAUGUUGAGCCGGGGAUUCAAGGAUCAGAUUUACGACAUAUUCCAGAAGCUGAGUGGGAACACCCAGGUGGUGCUCCUGUCGGCCACGAUGCCGAUGGACGUCCUGGAGGUGACGAAGAAGUUCAUGCGGGACCCGAUCCGCAUCCUGGUGAAGAAGGAGGAGCUGACCCUGGAGGGCAUCCGGCAGUUCUACAUCAAUGUCGAGAGAGAGGAGUGGAAGCUGGACACCCUGUGUGAUCUCUACGAGACCCUGACGAUCACCCAAGCCGUGAUCUUCAUCAACACCCGCAGGAAGGUGGACUGGCUCACCGAGAAGAUGCAUGCCCGGGACUUCACCGUCUCUGCCAUGCAUGGAGACAUGGACCAAAAGGAGCGUGAUGUAAUCAUGCGUGAAUUUCGCUCCGGCUCCAGCCGGGUCCUCAUCACCACUGACCUGCUGGCCCGUGGGAUUGACGUUCAGCAGGUGUCUCUCGUCAUCAACUACGACCUGCCCACCAACCGGGAGAACUACAUCCACAGGAUCGGCCGAGGGGGCCGCCUCGGCCGCAAAGGGGUGGCCAUCAACAUGGUGACCGAGGAGGACAAACGCACCCUGCGUGACAUAGAGACCUUUUACAACACCUCCAUCGAGGAGAUGCCCUUGAACGUGGCCGACCUCAUCUGAGCGCCCCCCGGUGGGCGCCCCGGGCGCUGCCCCGCCAGCCGCUGUCACGCGCCGGCUGCAGACUCUCUCUCUCUCUCUCUCUCUCGUUUUUUAAUUAUUUUUCCUUUUUUUUUUUUUUGGCUUUUGAAUAAAUGUCACUUUUUGGAGGUGAGAAAAAUCCAAUUUAGUGUUUCGUGGCAUUUCUCUGGUCUCUGUCCACUUCUCGCUGUCCUGCCGCUCGCGCCCCGAGGCCAAAACUGGGGGGGGGACCCGGAGCCUCCUUUAACUGGAGUGGGGGCAUCCUGGCUUGUGGUGUCCCCCCUCCCCCCCGUUUCCUUCGUGUUCCUAGAAUAGGCGGUGGCCGGACUCCUGGGUUCUCUUCAGCUAGCGCAGAACCCAGGCGUCCUGGCUCUGAUCCGCUACAGAGCUGAGGUUAGAACCCAGGCAUCCUGGUUUGGGGUCCCUCCUUUAAUUUGGGGAGGAGGGGGCAGAUGGGACGCUGGCUCCUACUUCUGUCCCCUGUAUCCACUAAUGCCCCCCCCCACACAUGCUCUCUGGGAUUUGCCGGGUUCUAUCCCAGCUCCAGUGUAGAACCCAGGAGUCCUGCUGUCCUAGCCCCCCACAGAUCUGGCCGUCUCUCCUAACGAGGCCCCCCCCCCAAAGCUACACCACCCUGAUCCUGGUGCUAAAUCGAACUGCUUGCAAGUCGGACCUACCUCAGGGUUGGUAGCUGUCAUGGGAGGGAGCCCCCCCAAAAUCAGUUGCCCCCCAAAAAAGCAACAGUAAGCUGGAAAUUUGUCGUACCCUCCCCACCCAUCCAACAAAAUUGUGUGCGACCUUUUUACUUUCUUUUUGUAUAGUAUUUAUUGAAAGGAAACGAACGUACCAAAUAAAAAUCUUCUUGCAAAAUG